AUGUCGACCCUAGCGUCUAUUCCAACAGCACAUUGGUAUGUGUAGUUUAUCAAUUCCAUUGCACCGCAGAUGACCAAGCUUGUACAUCUCAAGAACAACAAGCCGGAACAAUCAAAUGGAUAUCCACCUAUACCGAUAUUACCACCUGUCAGACAAUGAUGUCUCAACCAAUGGUAUAUAUGAAUGUAAAAUGUUGUGCUACUGAUCUAUGCAAUCCUACACCAAAUGCAAAUGGUGGUCUGGCUAUUCAACCAUUUAUCACCAUAUCGAUAGUAUGGAGUUUUCUUACAAUUGUUAUUAAUUUCAAAAACUAAACUCAGUACGUCACAAUGACUAACGAUGAAAUCAAAACUAUUCUACUAUCCAUCCCAAAAUACAAGACCCGUGGGCAUUUUUUGAAUAACUCUUGAUAGGAAUGAGACAGAGACCUGCGAUUUCCGCUGUUCAAUAGCCAAGGCUUGAGCAGAACUUUUCACAAGCGGAAGUAACCUUUGAAAAAAUUCCAGAGAUCGGAUUUCCAGAGGAUCUUUGGCAAACCAGCUCCGUUCUCAGAAAACUAACAUACAAUGUUAGUAAUUCUUUUGCAUGAGUAGAUAGUCCGGACGUUACUCUACAAAAUUAUGCAAGUCCCAGCUCUCUAGCUAUCGUCGUUCGGGCAGGGCUCGCUUUCCCCGAACACGUGUCUAUCUCCGAGCAGACAUCUCUGGGAAUCUCAAAAUGCCAUGGACUAUAGGUAAUCGACUACGCUGAGCAUAGUAG